GGGCGGCGAAAGCUAGCGUGCUGAAGCCUAGAGGCGGGAGAGGGAGGAGAGUCCGUGCUGAACGGAGGGAGGCGCGCUCCUAGCGAACACCCACUCUCAUCCGACCCCGGUGGCUCGGCGCAGGGAGGCAGCAGCUGAGAUAGCACCAGGUCAGAGCCGCUGCAUCCCUCCCAGUCCGUCUCUCCCCGCCGACGCCAGGACCGCUGAGGAUGGAGGAUUCCCGGGAGACCUCGCCAUCCUCCAACAACUCCUCGGAAGAGCUCAGCUCUGCCCUGCAGCUGUCCAAGGGCAUGUCCAUCUUUCUCGACAUCCUGAGGAGAGCAGACAAAAAUGACGACGGGAAAUUGUCCUUUGAAGAAUUUAAAGCGUAUUUUUCAGAUGGAGUUCUCAGCGGAGCAGAACUGCACGAGCUCUUCCACACCAUUGACACACACAACACCAACAAUCUAGACACAGAAGAGCUAUGUGAAUAUUUUUCUCAGCACUUGGGUGAAUAUGAGAAUGUUCUGGCCGCACUUGAAGACCUGAAUCUCUCCAUCCUGAAGGCAAUGGGCAAAACAAAGAAAGACUACCAAGAAGCCUCCAGUUUGGAACAAUUUGUCACUCGAUUUUUGUUGAAAGAGACCUUGAAUCAGUUGCAGUCUCUCCAGAACUCUCUGGAAUGUGCCAUGGAAACUACUGAAGAGCAAACCCGUCAAGAAAGGCAAGGGCCAUCCAAGCCAGAAGUCCUGUCCAUUCAAUGGCCUGGAAAGCGAUCCAGCCGCCGAGUCCAGAGACACAACAGUUUCUCCCCCAACAGCCCGCAGUUCAAUGUCAGCAGUCCAGCAUUGUUAGAGGAAGACAACCAGUGGAUGACCCAGAUAAACAGACUCCAGAAAUUAAUUGACAGACUGGAAAAGAAGGAUCUGAAACUUGAACCCCUGGAAGAAGAAAUUAUCGAAGAGAACACUAAACCUCACAUCAUGCUUGUGCAGCGCCAGAUGUCUGUGACAGAAGAGGAUCUGGAAGAAUUCCAGCUCUCUCUGAAGCACUACGUGGAGAGUGCUUCAGCUCAAAGUGGGUGCCUGCGUAUCUCUAUACAGAAGCUUUCAAAUGAAUCUCGCUACAUGAUUUAUGAGUUCUGGGAGAAUAGCAAUGUGUGGAACCGCCACCUCCAGACGAAUUACAGCAAGACGUUCCAAAGAAGCAACGUGGAUUACCUGGAAACUCCGGAGCUCACAUCUACUAUGCUCGUCCCUGCUUCAUGGUGGACCCUGAACGACAAUUAGCCGCCCACACAACGUCGUCAGUGCGCCAAUUGCACGUGUUCUCAUCUAAAAUGUGAACUGUGAGCUUCUCUGUGGCUGUCAAUCAGCUGCACACUUUUGUUCAAAGUGUUGUUAGCAGACUCUCUAAUGUGCAUUCUGUAACUAAUUUCAGUUGUUAGUCUUGAUAUUUGAUGGGAAUUGACUUGCUACAUUGUAAUCAAUCAUUACAAAAAAAUCCAAAUAUAUGAAAAUGGCAUAUAAAAUAAUAAAACGUGAUACUCGUGGUAAAAAUGCUAAGUGAGAACUUCUAGAACAUCGUGUCAUGGGGCAGGGUUUGUAGACCGGCAUAUGCCCUACAGCACUGGUCCUCAACCUUCCGACUGCUGCGACCCUUUAACACUUUCCUCAGAUUGUGAUGACCCCAGCCAUAAAAUUAUUUCAUUGCUACUUCAUAACUGUAAUUUUGCUAUUGUUAUGAAUCAUAAUGUAAAUAUCUGAUAUGCAGAUAUCUGAUAUGCUACCCCCAAAGAGGUUGAAACCCACUGCUCUAAAGUAUUACAUCUGUGGUUUGUGACUUUUCAGUAACACAUUUUUUCUGUGAGAGGAACAUUCUUCUUCCAUAAAGUCCAUGUGGUCCUCCAACUAUUCGCUUUAAAAUUCCUUUAAUAUUAACAUAAAUGCAUAAAACAACCUAAGCUAUAGCCUGUAGAAGCUCAGUCUAUUUGUCAUGUUGUAAACUGAUAUUUUACAAGUGAACAAUCUAUAGUAACUUAGGGCAUUUAAUAUGUAAAAACAUUUAUUUGUAAGUAUUAUAAUUCUCAUAUAUAAGCUAAACAUUACUGAACAAAAAGAAAAGUUUUACUUUGGGGAAAUUAAAGUUUAGGUCAGAAGGCUUUCGUGUAUGAUCCAUAUAAAUAAAUAACUAUUCUUAUAAGAAUGAACACUUGAAUUUAAAUGAAGAUUUUUAAAUUCAGUACUUUAAAACUAAAACUUCAACUCAACUGAAUAAAAUAAUUUAAAACAAGCACAAAGUUUACAACUGAAUACACCUAUUUUGUAAACUUUCCUAAGGCAACUAAUAUAAACUAUGCAUCUUAUUUACUCUUCCCUAUAAGCUCUGGUUAUAGACUCUGCUACAAAAAUACACAUAGAACUGUUACCAUGUUAUGGUCUCAUAUAAAUGCCUAUGAAACCCUGGGUCUUAAGGGAAAAUACAUAUAAAAUAUUAUGGUAUUUUUAACAGUUGGAAAACCUAGGGAAAUAAAAAACAAAUGAAAAUUUCAUUCCAUAACUAUGAAAUUCCAUCUUAAAAUACUUUAUGGAAUAGUCUUGAACAUUCAGUCCUCAUAAAUCCAUGUGAAAUUUCAUAGUUGUUAGACACUAGCAACUUUUACACACACACGUACACACACACACACACACACACACAUACACACACGCACUGUAUUCAAACCUUAAGGUGGCAAGCACUAUGAAGCAAUGCCUGCCUCGGCUUUUUUGUUACAGGUUUGCAGAACAAGACAUUUCUGGAGUUAUCCCAUGACUGCUGAGACUUCCUGCCCAUUAUGUGGAAGUUAAGUGGGCAGCAGAGCCACACUGUGGUUUCAGUGAUCACACACAGUGACCACUGAAACCAAGGGGAAUGUAAAUAUACAUGCCUCUGGAAAACCCUGUGACAAAUGCUUUCAAAAUACAGACCACAACCAAUUGCAACGCUAUUUUAACCACUCACUUCAUAACUAACCCAAAAUUUCUAUCAAGUGUUUUGUAGAAUAGGUAGUUUUUCAAAGUAGCUGUUCGUCUACCUAGAAGAACAGUAGUCUAACUGAAUAAGGACUCUGCCCAGCAACAAAGUUUGAAGAAAGGCCCUCUGGUUACAAAUUUGAAGGAGGUUUGUAAAUAUAUUAAGCUAGAAUCAAAAGGACUUAAGGAAAAAAGCAAAUAACUAACUUGUUAAACUCUGCUAAUUUUAAUCUCAGCUAUUAUACAUAUAUGUUUUAAGUGUGUGUGCAUGUCGGUGUGUGUGUACACGUGUGUGGAUAUGUACGAAAAUACAUACACAUACUGAAUCCUCUGACAAAAAGGAAAACAAUAGGGGGCAACAGAACACACACAUGCACGCACACACAUAAACACACAACAAUAGUGAUAUUUAUUCAAUAUCUCAUUUUCAAACAAGCAAUAAGUUUAUGUUUCAUGAAAGUUUUUUCCUACUAAAAACAAUCCUUUCUCAGUGGAUUCAAGUAACAAGAACCUACUGAAAGGCUAAGCUGGGACAUCUACUGUGGAUUAAAUGUUAGAAUCUGGACAACAAGCAUCCCAAAGCAGCAAACCAGAGGCACAUUCAGGAAGAGAUAAAAUUUCUGAUGAACAGUGGCAUUGAAUGACUUUCCUGUGAUCACAAGACACAAAUGAAUAGAAAUAGUGAACUUAUAUUUACUUACCUUUCUGUCUGCAGUAUUUCUGAUACAUUCCCUGCAAUUUACUGCAUUAAAUGCCUAGGAAUUAAAAGCUUAAACCUCCAAAUUCUUUAUGAUGAGGAAUGACAGAAUUGAAACUUGAUAUGCCUCAAUUAUUUGCAGCCUGAAUUUUCCUCAUUUGGAGACAGUUUCAUUUCCCCACUGCUUGACUCUCAGUCAUACAGUCUGAUGAACUUUAAGCAUCAGCUACUUUUCAACUUCUGUUUCAUUAAGUACCUUUUCAAACUGUUCACCUCUGCUAGUAAGAUUAAGUUAGUAAGACCAGAUUAGGAACCCAGUGAAUUGAUCCUGUUUCUGAAAGUCUCCUCUACCCCUGCAUUGACUACUAUGCUUUGAACACCAGAAUCAUUCUGGGCUCUGCAACUUCACAAUGACCUGAUCAAGUGUUGAUAUACAAUCAUUGGGGAAAAGACCACGUGACUGACGUAAGGGCAACAAAAAUUCUGUACCAUAUAUACAUCGUAGCAAAUACUUUAUAUUUGAGAAUCUUUACAGCUUACAUUUCCAUUCCAUUAUUACAAGUGGUGAAAAACAAGAAUUGCAAGUAGCAUGCAAAUUAUAAUACAGUCUUCCCACUUCGCCAACAACAUCCCCACUUUUGAGUGUUACUUCCCAAUUUUUGCAGGAACUGCCUGCAAAGCUGAAACUGAUUAGAAAAAUUCUUUAUAUUUUAAAAUAUCUUUUUCUCCUUUUAUGAGAAGCCAAAUAGCCAACCAUCAAAAGUAAAAAUAAAUUGAAUCGUCACAGUCCAUUAGUUAUUGUUACUAGGUCCACUUCAUUUGCAGGUGUCCAAAAUAUAAAAUGAAUAAUUCUUUAUCUUCAAAUUCAUCUGUUCUUAAAAUGCUACUUAAAACUUUGGUUGUUUUC